CCGGCCGCCGCUCGGGCUCCGCGGGGCGGGGGGCGCGGGCCGAGCCGCGGCCGCUCCCGACAUGUCGGGCCCGCGCGCCGGCUUCUACCGGCAGGAGCUGAACAAGACGGUGUGGGAGGUGCCGCAGCGGCUGCAGGGGCUGCGCCCGGUGGGCUCGGGCGCCUACGGCUCAGUCUGCUCAGCCUAUGACACUCGGCUGCGCCAGAGGGUGGCGGUGAAGAAACUGUCACGCCCCUUCCAGUCUCUCAUCCACGCGAGAAGGACAUACCGUGAGCUGCGGCUGCUCAAGCACCUGAAGCACGAGAACGUCAUCGGGCUGCUGGACGUGUUCACACCGGCCACCUCCAUCGAGGACUUCAGCGAAGUGUACCUGGUGACCACGCUGAUGGGCGCCGACCUGAAUAACAUCGUCAAGUGCCAGGCGCUGAGCGACGAGCACGUUCAGUUCCUCGUGUACCAGCUGCUGCGCGGGCUGAAGUACAUCCACUCGGCGGGGAUCAUCCACCGGGACCUGAAGCCCAGCAAUGUGGCCGUGAACGAGGACUGCGAGCUGCGGAUCCUGGACUUCGGGCUCGCGCGCCAGGCCGACGAGGAGAUGACUGGCUACGUGGCCACUCGCUGGUACCGUGCCCCCGAGAUCAUGCUGAACUGGAUGCAUUACAACCAGACAGUGGACAUCUGGUCUGUGGGCUGCAUCAUGGCCGAGCUGCUCCAGGGAAAGGCCCUCUUCCCAGGAAAUGACUACAUCGACCAGCUGAAGCGCAUCAUGGAGGUGGUGGGCACGCCUAGCCCUGAGGUUCUAGCGAAGAUAUCCUCGGAACACGCCCGGGCGUACAUCCAGUCGCUGCCCCCCGUGCCCCAGAAGGAUCUCAGGAGCAUCUUCCGCGGCGCCAACCCCCUGGCUGUGGACCUCCUGGGAAGGAUGCUGGUGCUGGACAGUGACCAGAGGGUCAGCGCGGCCGAGGCCCUGUCCCACGCCUACUUCAGCCAGUACCACGACCCGGAGGAUGAGCCGGAAGCAGAGCCCUACGAUGAGAGCAUCGAGGCCAAGGAGCGCACGGCGGAGGAAUGGAAGGAGCUCACCUACCAGGAGGUCCUCAGCUUCAAGCCCCCGGAGCCACCGCGGCCACCUGGCAGCCUGGAGGUUGAGCAGUGAGGCGACCUCAAGGCAGGGCCUGAGCCGGCCCGCCCCCUCCCUCAGCCUGCCUCCCAGGACCCCUUGUCUACGUGAUGCUCCUUGGGGCGAGUUUGCACACGUGGAUGCUCGUGUGUGAGCCACCGACGUGGGAGUCUGGGCAGAGCUGUCUGGACUUCCUUGGUCCCCAACCCGCUCCCAGCAACCUGGGUCUCCCUUGGGACCUCACUGUGGGGGACCUGAGUGCCCUAGCACCCCCCGGGGAUGGUGUCUGUUUCCAGUCUCCUGAGCCGAAGAGGGCUGUCGCAUGGUCGGCGGGGCGGGGGGGUGGUGGUGCUUUGGGGCCCAGCCUCCUGGAGACAAAAGUCUGGGUGGUCAGAGCCGCUCAGUGGGAAGGGGCUGCCCUGCAAAGUGCUGAGCCGAAUCUUCCCUGGGGGGCAGGUGGGGACAGCUGCCUGGAGCCAUGUGUUCACCUGUGCUAUCUGGGGCACACCUGGGAUUCACAUGUCAAAGCAGACGCAGGCAUGUGUGGACCUGAGGGCAUCCAAAGGCCAGCGACCAUGACCAGCAGGAGGCCCAAGUUGGGGCGGCAGUGGCGGUGGCUCACUAUUGCCCACCCCCCCAGGUCCUGGGGCGGGAGCCGUGCUGCCGGCCAGGGGCGAGGUGACCAGGGUCAGCCAUGUGAGCAAAAGGAUCCUGUCUCCUUGGGCAUGGGAUCUGCAGCAGGUUCCAGAGGCCCGAGGGCACCAUGCCAGCUGGGGGGCUGGCAGGCCUGGGGGCUCCAGCAUGGAGGACCCACACUCCGGUAUGGACUCGGAUCCUGGCCCCUGGCCCAGAGCCCCUGAAGAAAACCUCUGCCUGCUCUGCGUCUGCAGGGCAGCCCUGUCUUGCCCCUCCAGGGUGCAGCUGACCUCCAGCCUCUGCUGGAAAUGCACUGGGGGUGCGGGUCCUCCCUCAAGGGGCUUCUCUGUCAGGCGGGCUGGGGGGCGACCCCUGGCCUUGCGGGAUCAGGGAGAUCUGAAUGUCAAGUGCCUGCCCCAGGGUUUCACAAUAAAAGGGGUCCUCUCUCGCUCA